CGCAGACUGUUGACGCUCGCCCGACAAGACACCGCUCGGUCGCUGAACGGCACGCAUCCAAUGCCGCGCUUGCAACAAAAUAAUUGAAUUAUGACUUAAAAGUUCAAAACAAGUGAAGUUUGAAUUAAAUAAGCAGACAUUUUUGUGUGAUAAAAAAAAUCUUGUGACAGUUAUGCAAAUUAUAAUUUCAACGUUUUUCGUGCUCGCUCUUUUGCAAGCACCGGACCUCACAAGGGGAGAAGACUUCGGAUAUGAUGGCAACAUCGGUCCAACGCACUGGGGCGAGCGAUACCGAGAGUGCACGGGCAAGCACCAGAGCCCGAUCAACAUAAACGUGCUGCGCGUGAAGCAGGUCACGCUGCCCGACAUCGAGUUCGUGGGCUUCGAUGAUUCCAUCGACGAUGUACACGUCACCAACAACGGGCACACUGUUCUGAUAGAGGUGGAAAACGAACCACAUCCGCGAGUACGCGGCGGGCCGCUAGAGGGCGACUACAUCUUCAGUCAGAUGCAUUUCCAUUGGGGGGAUAAUGACACCUUCGGCUCUGAGGACAAGAUCAACCAUAGAAGUUUCCCCAUGGAGCUACACAUGGUCUUCUAUAAAGACGAAUACCACACCGCCAAGGAAGCCGUCAAACACAGCGACGGGCUCGCCGUGUUAGCUUUCUUCUACGAGCUCGACCGCCACCAACACCCUGCCUACGACGACAUCACGUCAGCGCUCGCGAACGUCACGGAACCCCACGCCACCGUAGUCAUGAGCAACCCGUUCUCGUUCCUCAACAUUCUGCCGUACGACCUGCGGCGGUACUUCACGUACAGGGGCUCGUUGACCACGCCGCCGUGCUCGGAGGUCGUCACUUGGCUGGACUUCGAGCAGCCUGUGAGACUAGCUCAUGAACAGAUCGAGCUAUUCCGCGAGCUAAAAUCAGCCCACGGCAAGAUCCGUCACAACUUCCGACCCAUUCAGCCAAUCGGCGACCGCGUCGUUUUCUACAAUAUCGAUAACAAUUACUUCAGUUACAACGAAUUGGAUGACCCUAGCGAGGAAACUACUACCACUAGACCGAGGAGGAGGAAGGGGAAUGGGGCGGGUAGUGCGAAGUUGUAUUUGAGUUUAAUGUUGCUGUCGAGUAUAGCCGUAAUGAUUGUGUUAUAAUGGUCCCGAUUAGCCGUAAAAUCUUUUAUUUGUAUGCUUUGUUUUGCCAUAAGGACUAAAGAGUAAAGAAAAAUAGAGUUGUCACUAAAAACCUGCAGAUGGCGCUGUACAGCGAAAUACGUUUGAUGGAAACCACCACCCCACUAAGGCCGAAGAGAGGUGGUACAACUUAAAAACUUCCGGCCCACCCAGCCAAACGCAUCGUCUUCUAGAAUAGCGACAACAAUUAAUUCUGAUACAUUGAGUUAGACUCUAUAACGAGGAAACGACUACUACUACUACUAGAGACAAAGGAGGAGAAAUGGUGCGAGAGGUGUGAAAUUGUAUUAGAGUUUAAUGUUGCUGUCGAGUAUAGCCGUAAUGAUUGUGUUGUAAUGGGUUCCUUUAGUCAUGAAAUCUUUAGUUUUAUACGUUUUACAUUAGACACAUAACGAAGACGAGUAAAUUAGAGCAAAAUGUUGCCACGAAGACCCCAGGAGGUGGCGCUAUACGUUUUAUAAUCUUCGGUAAGUGAACUAUCAAAAAUUUGCGGUCGGCAACCUAAUUAUCUUACAAUAUGCGAAUCAAAUUUGGAGCUACAAUAUUUUGCACCACUUUACGCGUCUUAGUAUUGUUUCCAUAGUUUCACUUAAUGUUUCUUAAUACCUAAGACUACAAACUAUCUUUAUUAAUAUUUUCAGGAUUGUUACAUGUUAUUUGAAAAAUAUUUGUGACCCCAGCCGGCAAAACGUCCCACUUUGUCGCUUGCCAUAAGGACAUAUCAGGUUAUUCGUAUAAAGAUACAAGCAAAUCUCGUCCUUAAUGCAAGCGACAAAGUGGGACGUUUUGCCGGACAAGGUCACAUUUUUAUUUAUUUUAGAUGUAGUGAAUCAUUACGACAAUUGAAAUGAAAGACCGUCAAUGAGAUGCUAUGUGUAUAUUUGCCACCCAUGCCAUUUUUAACACUUUCAACCAUUAACCGACCUCAUACAACCAAUGCAAUAAGUUUGUGUUGUAAAUUGUAUAUGAAUAAGGUCAACCUUACUUUCAUAUUUUAAUUUUUGAAAUAGUAAAGAGUGAAUAGCUAACAGUAACAGUAAUCACAGCAAAAAGCCAUUACUUAUUCCUAUUUUUUUUCUGUAUUCUGUUCCUGGUGUUUGAACUGUUUUAUAAAUGAAUUCUUAUAGGAAAUUAUUUUGUCAAUAAAUAAGUUCCAUAAUAUAAUAUUAGUAGAACAAAUAACUUGUUUACGAGAUUUUCAAGCAAUAUAUAUGUAUGUAUAUGUGCGCAUGUAUUUGGGAAUAUGUAUAGUAUACUGAAUGGAAAAGUACAUUUUACUUUUGAAGAGUUGAAUAGCUCAAUAUUAAUCACAUUAAAAAACCAUUAUAAUAUUAUUUUCUGGAUUUUGUUACUGGUGUUUUAGCUGUUUGAUAAAUUAAUUAUUUAUUAUAGGAAAUCAUGUUAGUAAAUAAAUAACUUCAAUAACAAUAAUUCAUUUGCAUACGAGAUUUUCAAGAAACAAGUUUGUACAUAAAAUUUUACUUUACUAUCAAUUAUAUAAUUUACUGUUCAUCAAAUGUUAUUUAACAACCAGCCAUAAACAAGUAAAGGCAUGUAUAUAAUUAAUAAAACCAUGACAUUAUUUUUUAUGCAAAUACCAGCCUUUAUAGAAAUAAAGAACUACUACUACUAAAGAAGAACUAGAAAGUUAAAGAUAAUUAUUGAAGUAAUUAAACAAACAUACAAUUUUUAUAUGGGUUAUUAAACAAAAUCAAUAAAAAUAUUUAAAAAUAGAUAUAAGACCUGUUUUUGCUUAUUGUAAGAGUAAAAAAAAACAUUAAAAUAUAAGUAAAUUUACAAUAUCAACAACUUUUUAUAGGUACAGAUACAGAAUAAUUAUCAAAUGACAACAUCCAAUAUAACGUUUUGUGUUGUCUUAACUUUUAACGUAAGGCAUUGUAAUAAAUAUUUAGUGGAAUUAUAUUUAAGUAGACCAAUAGAUAGAUGUUGCAAUAUUAUAAUAAAUGACUGAAAAUGUAUGAAUCAAAUGUGGUUAGAGAUUAUAAAAUGAUUAAGUGUGAUUUUAUUUACUGUGAUAUGUCCACAAUUAUAUUUUUGUGAUAAAAAUAUGA